AUGUCCACCACCACCACAACCCCCUACUCCCCCACCCUCCUCAACGCCUGGCGUUCCCCCCGCCUCAUCUACCGCGCCAUCGAAGAUAACCCCAUAGACCGCCACACCCUCUGGACCUUCGUCGACAACGACCCGACCGCAAUCGCCAUGUCCUCCCUGCGUCCCCUCAACCCUCAACCCAUAACCUUCGGCCAACGGCUCUACGAACACGCUCACAUGCUGCACAUCCGCGCCUUCAUUUGCCUGCCGCCCACGGACUCCGACAUUGCUCAGUGGGAGGCCUUGAUUCAAGAGAAGGCUGAGAAGAGCGGGCUGACGGCGACGUUGGAUGUGGAGAAGCUGAAAGGCGAGUUCCCCAGACCGGAGGCGAAGCCGAUUGGGGUCGUGACGCUGAUGCCGCCUAUGGGUGGGGAUCAAGAAAGACAUCAUCGGAAUGCGAUGAUUGGUGUCGGGAUUGCGAUGGAGUGGAGGGGAAGGGGUUAUGGAGGGGAGGCGGUGGAUUGGGUUUUGGAUUGGGGGUUUGGGAGGUUGGGAUUGCAUCGGAUUUGGUUGGCGGCUUUUGAGUAUAAUGAGAGGGCGUGUAGGCUGUAUAGGAAGUUGGGGUUUGUGGAGGAGGGGAGGGAGAGGGAGGCGGUGUUGUAUGAGAAGCGGUGGUGGGAUAUGGUUCGGUUUGGCAUGUUGGAGGGGGAGAGGGAGGCGUUGAGGGCACAGCAAAAGGAAGCUAAGGCCUAA